AGUCAGGGUAGUGGCCAUGGGGUGAGCAUACAAUGGAUUGCCAACAAUGAACUGACACAAUAACCUUAGUAGAGUUAACUCCUGCUGGUUUUCUAGUCUGGCAGGUAAUUGCCAAGUAAGUGUCUGAUUAAAUAGCUAUUGAAAAGGUACAGCAGGGAUGGAAGAAAACUGGCUCCACAUUUAUGAACUGCAAAAUUAAUUAUUUAUAUUCUAUACAACACUUUGAAAAGAGCCAUUCUGCACAAAGAGUGCUUUUACUUUUGAUACUUUAAGUUAAUGUAGCUGUUAAUGCUUCUGUAUAACUUGAGUAUAUUUUAAAUUCAGCACUACAGAAUUACUUGUAAUGGAGUAUUUUUAGACUGUGGUAAUUCUAGUUUUACUUAGGCCAAAGUAAAGAAUCUAAAUGACCUUGAGUAAACCUAGCAAUACCACCGUGUAACAAUACUCCAUAACAAAUAAAAGUCCUUUAAAAUCUUACUUUAGUCCAGUCAAGUACAGAGAAAUGAACAGCGAAAUGUGCAGUUGCAGUAUCAAAGUGAAUUGUUUUGCAGAAAAUUAGCCCUUAUAUUAUCAUUUUGUAUGCAUCAUUAGUUAUUUUUCGUGGGUUAGGAAAUGAGUUUGCUUACUUACUUACUUAGCUUUUUCUCAACACAACAAUUUAGAAAUGAAUUAAAGCUAUUAAUACGUUUGAGGUUGUGGUUGAUAUUGAUAAUAUUUUCUGCCAACUCUUUACAUCCCCAAACAACUGACACCUCCUCCACGUGCCUGCUUGUUUUUCUACGUCACUUCCUGCGCGGCAGAUAUUGAGCCAGCUAACGUCUGGCAAACUGUCAACUAGCUUAAGAUGUUUCGCCCUGCGUCGUUCGUAUACACUUUACAAACAUUGCCGUCUUUAGAUCGCACAGAUAGUCGUCUGCUCUCCCACGGAUUAAUGCUCACUUACGUUUAAAACCGCCGACAUAUGUAUUUGCUUAUGUUAUUCCUACGCUAGCAACGUUAGUGGCUACUGUUAGCAGGGGAGGCAGCAGUACACGUUUACAAACGUUUGCUAUAGGCAUCAUAGUUGUACUGAUAGUACUGGGUUUGCGUUGAUCACGUGUUUGUAGGUAACUUAAUGUUUUAGCUAGCUGGAAGAGUCACUGCAUUUGUGAAUGCCUCGGAAGUAGCGAGUUAGCGUAAGUUGCUGCAAAGUUCGUCAUCAUGUCUAAUCAGCUGACUGCAGAGCAGCAGCGAAAGAUUGAUGAAAACAGACUCCGGGCUUUGGAGAGAAGAGCCCAAAGACUUGGACAGACUGUCAGCAUCAAUAAGCAGACCUCAGGAGGCUUCAGCAGUACUUCAGUGCAGGUACAGCCCUUCAAACAGAGCGGUGCCUCGGAUCCUGCAGCGACCCUGCCUCCUCGCAGAGAGACGCUCGGCUCAGCUUCUGCACAAACAUGUUUUGUUCCGCCCUUUAAAAAAGACUCGCCGAGCUUCAGUAAUUACAAUCAAGGCUCAAAGCCUCAGCAGUUAUCUGUCUCUAGUCACCAAAUCAACCAGAGUACUAACUCUGCUUCACCGAGACAGAUACAAGUCAUUGACCCACUUCCUCAGGUGAAAAGUCCACAUGUGAGCAGCCCUGUCUUGUCUAGCAGAGGAAUAUUUGGUUUGAAGCCAGCUCAUCCCAAACAUAACCUCACCUCCAACAGCUCUAAUGGUGCAGUUGUCUCAUUCUACAAGCAAAAUAGUAAACCUGGCAAAAGUCCUGCAGCACAGCUUCCCUCCAACUCAUCAACUUUCAAUGCUGUACCUGCAAAAAAGCCUGCCAUCUCUGUAAGAGGGAAAUGUGUAGCUCACGCAGAGGGCCGCUUCAGAGUAGAAGUGGGCUACCACAUAGAGCUGAUUGCUGUUUUCAAGUCCAUCCCUUCAAAGAACUAUGACCCUGCCACAAAGAUGUGGAACUUCAGUCUGCUGGACUAUCGACUGCUAAUGGAGGAAUCCGCUGCAAUUGUCUCUGUGUCUUUGAGGCCUCUGGAGGGAAUGGAGGCAGUGGACGUUGCAGCAGCCACCAGCCGAGCUUGUGACGGUGCAGCGCUGGGGGCGCUGCUGAAGCUGUGUAACGGCUGGCAGAAACCUGGAGCCACUGUGCAGGGCCAGUGCACCCUGGUGUCUCCGACAAAGUUUGAGGUUGACAUUGGUUACUGUGUCGACGUUAUUGCAGCGUUCAAGCAGAUGCCGUCAAAGAGCUAUGACAUGAAAACAAGGAAGUGGAGCUUUUCACUUGAGGAUUACAAGAGACUCUUGGAUGUCCUCAGUGGGAUAGCAGCAGUGGAGGUGGAGCCUCUGCCCAGGGCAGUAGUCCAGGCUUUCUCUGCCAGGUUUGACGGGACUGAAGCCAGGUCUUUAGACGUCCCUGAGGCAGACCUCUCCAGCAUCGACCCCACGAUCACCUGCAGCCUCAUGCCCUUCCAGAAGGAAGGAGUCAAUUUUGCUGUGUCUAAACAAGGCCGCCUCCUCCUGGCCGAUGACAUGGGCCUGGGAAAGACGGUGCAGGCCAUCUGUAUAGCAGCCUACUACAGGAAUGAGUGGCCCUUGCUGGUGGUGGCUCCCUCCUCUGUGCGAUUCACCUGGGCCGAGGCCUUCAGACGCUGGCUCCCCUCCCUGAGUCCUGACAGCAUCAACGUGGUGGUGAAAGCCAAAGACAAUCUGCGCUCAGGUUUGGUCAACAUCAUCAGUUACGACCUGCUGAGCAGGAUGGACAAGCAGCAGCUGGGAAACCCCUUCAAUGUUCUCAUCAUGGAUGAGUGUCACUUUCUGAAGAACAUGAAGACUGCUCGUUGUAAAGCAGCCCUGCCUCUGCUGAAGGCAGCAAAGAGAGUGAUUCUUCUGUCUGGUACCCCCGCCAUGUCCAGACCUUGUGAGCUGUACACCCAGAUUCUGGCUGUCAGACCUACACUGUUCCCUCGCUUCCAUGAGUUUGGGAUGCGCUACUGCGGUGCCACACAGUCGACUUGGGGUUGGGACUACUCUGGCUCCUCUAACCUCGGGGAGUUGAAGCUGUUGCUGGAGGAGUGUCUAAUGUUGCGCCGCCUCAAGUGCGACGUCCUCUCCCAGCUUCCUGCUAAACAACGCAAGGUUGUCACAGUGACCAUAGAUGGUGUCAACAGCCGCAUAAAAGCUGCUCUGUCAGCUGCUGCCAAGCAGUUGGCCAAUGGACAACGCAACAAAAAGGAAGAGAAGGAAGCCCUCCUCAUCUUUUAUAACCACACUGCCGAAGCCAAGCUGCAAGCCAUUAUGGAGUACAUCACAGACAUGCUGGAGUGUGGGAGGGAGAAGUUUCUAGUGUUCGCUCAUCAUAGGUUAGUCCUGGAUCACAUCACCACCGAACUGGGAAAAAAGAAUGUGAGUUACAUCCGGAUUGACGGGUCCACUCCUUCAGCUGAACGGCAGCAGCUGUGUGAUAAGUUCCAGUGCUCGACCAACACCUGUGUGGCUGUGCUGUCCAUCACUGCAGCCAACAUGGGUCUCACCCUGCACGCUGCUGACCUGGUGAUCUUUGCUGAGCUUUUCUGGAACCCCGGGAUUCUCGUUCAGGCAGAGGAUAGGGUGCACCGUAUUGGACAAACCAGCAAUGUGAACAUUCACUACCUGGUUGCCAGGGGAACUUCUGAUGAUCACUUAUGGCCAAUGAUCCAGGAAAAAAUGAGUGUCUUGGAGCAAGUGGGUUUGUCUGAGUCCAACCUCUCUGACAAAGCAGUGAACGCCAGCUUCCACUCUAGAGAAACUAACCAGAGGAGCAUCAUGGAGAUGUUCCAGAGGUCUUUCACUGCGGAUGACGACAUGGACGAAGCCGCCUUACUGGAGGCUGCAAACGACUGGGAGGACACCCCGCCUGAAAACAGUUCUGCUCAGCACCGGGGCGUGGUCGCACAAAGCCCCAGCAAAAGGAGCAUCAAAGACCAUUUCAGCACAUGACUUUGAAACGCCCCGUGUUGACAAAUUAUAUUAACAUCACUCUGUUUUGCUUAUUGGAACAAGUAGUGAUAAGCCCAUCAUGACUGAUGUUAAAUUAUGUUGUUUGUCAAAAGCUUUUUUUUGUAAAAUAACCAAACAAACAUAUUUUUACUAAUAAGAGAAAAUAAAUAAAUGUUUAAGAGUCCCUGU